UUCACACUAUCAGCCGGAUCCCGGGUUCAGCACCUCGGACAGCACUCCAGAGGAGACCGGAUGACAGGAACAACGCAGCCCGGCUGUUUGCGUACGUGAUGGACGCUGUAAACAGAAUACGUCGCGGAGUCACGAGGUCAUCUGCACUUUGACAAAUUAUUUUUUUCGCCUGCGUGCAGCCUACAUGUUAACGUGCCUGUUAGCACGACUGAAACGUUCCAUCGCAUUACAUAAUCUGGUGCUUGUCGUUUUUUGUUUGAUGAUUUUGAUAACAUGGAAGAGCUCUUUGGAGCCAACAGUCACCGUUGAUACACCAUGAUCUCCCAUUACAAACCGAGUCCUGGCUCCAACAUGUCCUUGGCGUUCUGCGGGGUCGAGAACAACUCGUUUGCGUACAACGUGGACGGAGGUGUCCUGAACAACGGCUGCUUCCUGGACGCGCUCAAUGUGGUGCCUCACGUCUUCGUCCUCUUCAUCACCUUCCCCAUCCUCUUCAUCGGCUGGGGAAGCCAGAGCUCCAAGGUCCACAUCCACCACAGCACCUGGCUGCACUUCCCCGGUCACAACCUGCGCUGGCUGCUGACCUUCGUGCUGCUCUUCGUCCUGGUGUGUGAGGUGGCCGAGGGCAUCGUCUCCGAUGGGUUCAGCAGCUCCCACCACCUUCACCUCUACAUGCCCGCGGGGCUGGCCUUCAUGGCCGCCAUCACCUCCAUCGUGUACUACCACAACAUCGAGACCUCCAACUUCCCCAAGCUCCUGCUAGCCCUCCUGAUCUACUGGCUGCUGGCGUUCAUCAUGAAGACCAUCAAGUUCGCCAAGUACACGGAGCACGGCAUCGGUCCUCGCCAGCUGCGCUACUGCAUCGCCGGGCUGCUGAUGCUGCUGUACGGCCUGCUGCUGGCCGUGGAGGUCAAAGUCAUCAUGGGCAGGCGCUACGUGUGCUACGCCGACCCCACGGAGGUGAAGCCCCCCGAGGACCUGCAGGACCUCGGCGUGCGCUUCCUGCAGCCCUUCGUCAACCUGCUGUCCAAGGCCACCUACUGGUGGAUGAACACCUUCAUCACCGCCGCCCACCGCCGCCCCAUCGACCUCAAGGUGAUCGGCAAGCUGCCCAUCGCCAUGAGGGCCCUCACCAACUACCUGAGGCUGCACCGCGCCUUCCAGGCCCAGACGCUGCGAGCGAGGCCCGAGGGCUCCGUCCCCCUGGGGCCCAAGCAGAUCUGGAGGGCCCUGCGGAAGGCCUUCGGGCGGCCCCUCAUCCUCAGCAUCACCUUCCGCUUCCUGGCCGACCUGCUGGGCUUCGCCGGACCGCUCUGUAUCUCGGGCAUCGUGCACCACGUCAGCAAGGACAACCGCUCCAUCCAGCCCACGGUGGCGUGUCUCUGUUGCUAUGGACACUCCCAAGCCCCUCCCACCCAGUGA